GUGGGGGGUUCCCGGGGCUCUGCGCGGGCUGGGAGCGCCAGGGAGCCCCAGCAGCCCGCUGGCCUCCGCUGGAACGGUGUAAAGUGAUAAUAACCCUCAAAAGGCCCGGGCCGCGGCCGUGCCAAUGAACGCGGCUUCAGGAGCCCCUCACGGGAGCAUCGCCCGGAGCCCGUUCGGUCCCGCAGGGCUCUUCCCGCCCCGCCCGCGGUGCUUCCCGCGCUGUCCCUGAGAUCGGGCCCCUGCCCCGGCGACGAAUGACUUCCGAAAAUCUUUCUGCAGUGGUUGGCUUCACUUCUAAACCAUAUCCAAAAGUUUCCCCCAUUUGCAGCCACACUCAGGAUAGUCGGCAGAACGUGUCUGAAGAUAAACUCCUCCUGCCCUCCUUUUGAGCUUUCCCUUAACCCACAUCACAGCAACACAGCAAGGAUAAAAGGUACCACACUCUGAAAAGCUCGACUUUUUUCACUAUUAAUCGCUACUGAGGUACCGGCAGAGUCAGGAAAAUACGGCUUUCGCCCAGGGGCACAGCCGGUGUUCAGUGCACACCCUCGGGCCCGGCUCUCGGCUGAGUGUCCCAGGCCUGGCCAGGGCAGGGUCCUGCUCCUCACGGGCGGCCCUGGGGCAGCAAUAGCUGGAGACAUUUCCCGCGAAGCCCUGGAGCGGCAGAAGCAGGACUCGUUUCCCGGGAGCCCCAGAGUGGCACGGCCUGGCCCCGUCUCUCCGGGAGAGGCACAGGCCGGGCCCCGUUUCCGCGGCAGCGGCCAAGCGGCCCCGCCCCGAGGCGGGGACGAGAGUGCCCUGAGGGAGCGGGGGGUGGGACCCUUUUGUUCGGCGGAACCUUCGUGCCGCGGCUGGCGUUUCCUGGCGGUGCGGCGGCGCGGGGCGGUCGCCAUGGCAGCGGGCCCGUGGUGCCUGGGGACGCCGGUGGCGCCCGCGCUGCUGCCGCUGCUGCUGCUGCUGCUGCUGCUGCUGCUCGGGGGCGCGCGCCGCCUGCGCCGGGGCCGCGCGGGGUCCCGCGGGUGCGCGCGGGGCGGGCGCGCGCUGCUGGUGACGGCGCACCCCGAUGACGAGGUCAUGUUCUUCGCCCCCGCCCUGCUCGGCUUGCGCAGCGCCGGGGCCGCCCCCGCCGUGCUCUGCUGCUCCGCAGGAAAUUAUUACAAUCAAGGAGAGAUUCGUAAGAAAGAGCUGGAACAGAGUUGUUGUGUCCUGGGGAUUCCUGCUUCUGAUGUCACAGUCAUUGAUCACAGGGAUCUUCCGGAUGAUCCUGCUGUGGAGUGGGACACACAGCUCCUCGCCACCCUUGUCCUGAAGCACAUAGAAGCCAAGAACAUCAACCUGGGAUUGACCGAAAAUGCUUCUUCAUACGUGAAUGAAACCAAUUUUGGUCCCACCAGCAAAGAGCAACCUGGUCCCUGCUGGCAGCCACUGGGCAACGUGGAAAGUCUAACUGUGGUCUUGUCCUGGGUGGUGACGUUUGAUGCAGGAGGAGUGAGUGGCCAUGCCAACCACAUCUCUCUUUACACUGCUGUCAGGUACCUGCAUUCAGAGGGGAAGUUACCUGAAGGGUGCCGUGUGCUCGUGCUGGAAUCAGUAAAUCUCUUCAGGAAAUACAUUUCCUUCCUGGAUGUCCUCAUUUCCUGCCUUCUGCCCAGGGAUGCACUCUUCAUCCUCACAGAGGAGGAGACUGAACAAGCCAAGAGAGCCAUGCGGUACCAUCGCAGCCAACUCCUCUGGUUCCGCCAGCUCUACCUGCUCUUCUCUCGUUACCUGGUGGUCAAUUCACUGCGCCUGCUCUGACAGGACAUCACUCACAGGAGUAAAAGAAUGAGCAAAAAACCGACUGUGCCAGGCCCAGGACUCAAGAAAGCUUCUGUGUUAGGUGCUCAACAGGAUGGGAUGCUCUUUGUGUGACAUUCUCCACACUACAAAACCAGGCUGGGUGUACCUCCUUCUGAGUAUCUUGUUGCCUGAUACACUGAGAAUGGGAUUAACAGCUACUCUAUUUCCUCACUAUAAGAGCUUAAAUAAAAUGAGAAAUUUGGAUUAACUUUAAUUGGGAGUCAAACCCUGGAGGAUUCUGCACUGGAGAAGAUACCGCACAAACGGUUUUUCCAAGAACACAGAGCUGCAAGGACUGCUUGGCAACUCUCCCUUGGUGCUUUUGUAAAAUCAGGUAUCAGGAGUAACUUUUCAAAGAUCAAGUUAUCUCCACAGAUAUCACAACCACACCACAUUUGUUAUUCAGUAAGAACUUUAAAAAGCCAAAGCUUUUGAAUAAAACAUCAGAAAUCGUGCAAUUUUUGCUAAUUGCA